UAAAAUUUUUGAACUAUUUAAUAUUUAAGUAAAAGAUAAAUUUAGAAUGGGCGAAAAAAUGAUUUGACAAAGAGAACCAACAAUAAAUUAUUAGAAAAAAAAAAUACAAGAUGAUAGUGAAAACUGAAGAACCUACUAAUUCGAAUCAAAACCAAGUGAUUAUUCACUACCGAAUUAAUUUUAAAUACGUAUGUCUUUAUACAGUAUCUAUACCUUUAGGAGCACUAAUCGUAUGUCUUAUAUCCGCUUAUAUAUUCCAAUACGAUGAUGUACAUGAAACUCAUUGUCAGGUUUUUAAUGUUGUACCUUCUAUAAGUGCAGUGACUGGUAUUAGUCCUCAAAAAUACAUUUGGAGAAUUAGUAUCGCGUUGCAUAUUGGACCAAGGGUUAUAAUAUCUGCUGUGUACAAGGCAUAUCAGUUCAAUAUGAUCAAUCCUUUUGGAGAAUCUCAUUUAAAGUCUAAAGCACAAUUAUGGCUUAAUAUUGCCUAUUUUCUUAAUCUAAUCGAAACAGGAGCACUGUGUGGUGUAACAUAUAUUUCAAAUAGAGAAAACUAUCCUGUUCAUGAAAAAUUGUUUAUCACAUUUAUGGUAAGUAGUUUGGGGCACAUGGUAGCCUGUAUUAAAGGAACCAGAUAUGCUGCAGAGAGUAGAGACGACAUAGAAUCAGUAAAGGAGGGUUUGAAAUAUAAGAGGGAUUUACUGAUGCUGUCUCUAAUGUGUACAGCUGGAUUGUUGUUCUUCUUUCUUCAACAUCGACUCUUUUGUUUCAGAAUGGCUUUUAGUAUGUUCGCCUUGUGUGAAUACAUAAUAGCGGCGGCUAAUAUGGCGUUCCAUAUUUCUGUUGUCUGCGAUUUUCCUACUGAAGACUUGAUAGUGGGGAAAAUAAUUGAUGAUCAAACGUUUAUAGACGACUGUUCGGGAGAUUGCAAGAAAUUCCAGUAGCGUCUCAAAGUAUUUUCUCGUUUUUAAUUAUCAGUCUCUCGGAUAAUUUAAAAUUCCACAUCUUCCAAAAAUUUGUUUUCGAAAGAUACAAAAAUAAAGCACAAAUAGCAUCUUUCAAUAAUUAAUAUUAAAUUGUAAUGAGUCAAUUUAGAAUCUGUAGAGGCUUUUGAGUCCCGUGAUGCUAUUUAUAGAGUAAUUCUUCAUCAAUUUGAUAAAAUUCUAGAUUUAUUAGUAACAAUACAGGGCGUAAAGGAAUAAGCGCAAAAAAUAUUUUAUUAAAAAUAAGAGGGCCAUCCAUUAAUUCGCCACAUUAAUUGGGGGCGUCACAUUAAUGGUGAAUGGUGAGAAAAUCUAGGGGGAGGGGGUCAAGAUGAAUCGCAUUAAAUUUUAAGUAGGGGUGAGAGGAGUUUGGUUUGGUUGUCAAAUAUCGCGUAAUUUUUUUCGUGCAAGAAAUUAUGUAUGCAGGAUGUCCCAGGUUGAGCGUGCAUUAGAAGUUUCUAUACAACCACAAUGUCUAAAUUGGAGAUUUUUUGUUCACAUCUCUGUUUUACAACAAGAUCUAUCCAUUAAAAAUAUUUUCAAUAUGGCGACACUUCCGGAAAUACCGGAAGUUGACAACAACUUUUUUAUUUUAAAUGGGUGUUCCCAUUAUUUAUUACA